GAUAGAAAUGCCAGCCCCGGAAAUGGUAGCAAAUUGACUGCAAUUAAACCGACCCCAAGUCAGUACGUACAAAGGGUAGUACACAGGAAGUCAAACUUACAACAGCUGCGAUAACAGUUGUGGGUAUAAACCACAUAGGUUACAGUCUGAAAAAGAGAACAAGGGUCCACUUUUUUUCUGGCCAGUUCGCCAGCUAGCUCGUAGCGAUGGACAAGCUUCGUCGUGUGCUAAGCGGUCGAGAAGACAACGAGGAACUGGGUCUCACUGCACAGGUCCUUGAUGCCAGCACUCUCAGCUACAGCACCAGGGUGAAAUGGUUUGUCAUCUGCUUUGCUGGAGGCAUCCUGUGUUCAAUACUUGGCACAGCACUGCUGUUCCUUCCAAGUGGCUUGAAGCUCUUUGCAGUCUUUUACACACUAGGGAAUAUUGCAGCUCUUGCCAGCACCUGCUUCCUAAUGGGACCACUAAAACAGUUGAAGCGCAUGUUUGAACCAACACGACUGAUAGCAACCAUUGUUGUGCUGCUCUGCCUGGUCUUAACGCUUUGUUCAGUGUUUUGGUGGGGUAAAAAGGGACUGGCCAUAAUCUUCUGUAUUCUGCAGUUUCUGGCAAUGACGUGGUAUAGCAUCUCUUAUAUUCCAUUUGCCAGGGAUGCUGUGAUCAAGUGCUUCACGACCUGUCUGAGUUAGGACUCCAAAGUCUACAGUUUCCUAUCAAGACUGGUCCUAAUAUGCAAACUGCGAACAAGAGGCUUUGUAAAAUAUACAUGAUUCUGUAUAUACAUUAUAUUUCCAAAUUUUUAUUAUGGCUUUCAUACUGUGAAGUCUUGCUUUUUAAGUGUAGCUAAAGGUCUAUAACUAUCACCAGAUAAUAGGUAUCAGUCUUUUGCUUUUGACAUGAGUAAUGGGUGCCUUUAAUGGUUAAUAUAUUUAAAAAUAUUCCUGAAUUUUCUGAGUGUAUUUAUGCCAUUUAAGUGCAGAAACUGAUGUUGAGUCUGGUAUGUGGUCAAAUACAACAAAAGUGCCUUCUGAUUAUAUGCAGCAGGAAGAAACCAGUUCAAAUUUAAGUCGGGUUCUAUAUUUGCAUUUUGAGCAGUAUACAAAUUAAUUGUCAUCUGGCUUCCUACAUGCAAACGUUGUCAGAGCAUUAUCUCUCUCUGUCUCUCUCUGUGUGUGUGUGUGUGUGUGUGUGUGUGUGUGUGUGUGUGUGUGUGCGCGCGCGCAAAGAGGCUCUGAGAUGCUAUUCCAUGUUGCUGUUUUCCCCUUGGCAAUUGUGUCACUGCUUCACUGAUAAUGCCUGAAAUAUGAUUUUUUUUUUUUUUUUUUUUUUUUUCUCUACAGCUAAACAGAAUUUAAAAAGCACUCAAUCUUCAGUGCAUCAUGUGAAAUCAUGUUAAAAAUGCUUCUCCUUUUUAGGUUGAUUUCCUGCCAGAUGUAGCAGUGACCCAGUUAAUUACGCUUUUCUGAGCAUUGUGAUUUUUUUUUUACGUGACCUAAUAACCCAAUAUAGCUGGCAUCAUGUUCCCCUAUACCGCUUCAGCGUGAUGGUGUAGCCUUUGAGGAUGUGGUUGUCAUGACAACCUCCUCCAGAACACUCAUAACCUUUUCCUACCCCCAUUUGUGGUGCAGAUGUUCACAUACUACUAACAAAGGUCUUUCUGCUUUUUAGAGCUCCUUGGGCCAGCAGUCUUGAUCCCUUUGCAUUUUUUUGCAUUUAAACUAAAAUGUGUUUUUCUACGUAAUAAGAGCACAGCUCAAGUUGCUGUUGUUGUUUUUUUUGUUUUUCUUAAUUGCUUUAUCAGAUUAAAUAAUUCCUCUUCUUUUCUUGCUACGCUUAUGGGUUUUGUUUUGUUUUUUUUGGGGGGGGGGUGUAUAGACACUUGUAUUUUUGUUGGAUUACCAUGGGCGAAAUCUCCCCUCAGUACUUAUUGUUAUCGGACUUGGCAGAGACGCAGCAAAUCCCUCUCGAAGUAAUCUUGGGGGGGAUAAAAUAAUUCUUUGAAAUGAGUUUGUCGUCUUUGUUUUUUCUGAUUGGUUUUCCAUAGCAGCCAUUUUUGGAUUACACCAAAGUUUGAAGAUGAAUGGGAAGAACCCUGACCCCAGCAAUCUGUUAGCGUCCCAACUGUUUCCCCUUCAGUACAUUUAAUCUGUUGUUAUGUCAGAGAGAACGGCGAUCAUGCCUCGGCGAGCACUGAAAUUAAACAAGUCUGUGUGUCUUCUUUAGCUUAAUAAUCUAAGUCUUCUUGCAGAGAUGAAUAAAUAACUUGGCCUGUGUUGUGAUGGGAGUUGCUGUCCCAGUUAUUGAUUCUAAGUGUCUGAAGACUGUUAAUUUUCAAAAAGCAUUAAACACACAUGCAUUUUAGAUGUAGUUUUAUUUCCCCAUCCCCAGAGCAACUGCAUCUGAUGCAUGACUUAAAGCCAAGAUGUUUCACGAACCAUAAAAUAUGCAGGCAAUAUAAAAUCGUUUAAUAACUACAGAUUAGCAAAAGGGCUCAUUGAUUUCUGCCUGGCAGAAAGUGCAGAUAGAAGCAAAGAAGGACAAAGAAAAAUCCAUAUUGCAGAUUAUUUGUGUAUCCUAUGAGAUGCUAUUUCAUAGUCUACAUGGCUAGAGUAACAAAAGUGACUGUCAAUACACAUCAGAUAAUUGACAUUUGAGAUCAUAUUUACUGAAAGGAUACAAUGAAACUGCAUGCCAUUGUUCCUGUGACAUGUUCAAGGACACACUGAUCUGAGCACCAAGGACUAAACUCAUGAUUAUGACCAUAAGUUCUCUUUCUUUUCAUCCAAGUAUGUUUUGGCAGUGCAAAUAAAUUACAGAGUAUUGAUACUUUUGAAGUUGUUGAACUUUUUGAGUUUUGUAUUUCAAAUAAAGAUGUUAUGGGCUAAAAA